AUGGUCGACCAGCCGCUGUUGCUUGACAGCGCUCUGCGCAACUGGGUGCUGCUCCCGAUUACGCUAGUGAUGGUGCUCGUGGGCGUGCUCCGGAAUAACCUGAUGCAGUUUCUCGAGUCGAAGCCCAAGCCCGGCAAGCUCGGGGCGCUGCGGCAGCGCAACGUGAUGGCGCGCGCCGCGGCGCUGCGCACGAAUGCGCUCGUGCUGCCGCCUGCGUCGGUCGAGCUGCGUCGGUCGUUCUUGUCGCGUGUGCUGGCCGACGGCUCGUACCUCGCGCCCGAGGCCAAGGCCGCGGCCGAGCGCGAAAAGAACCGCAAGCCCGACGAGAUGCCCGAGAUGAAGAACCCCCUGACGGAUAUGAAUACGGUCGAUGCGAUGAUGGACCAGGCGAAAAAGAGCCUCGUGAUGAUGGUGCCGCAGACGGCGAUCAUGGGCUGGAUCAACUUUUUCUUUUCGGGCUUUGUCCUGAUCAAACUGCCCUUCCCCUUGACGCAGCGCUUCAAGGUCAUGCUCCAGCGCGAUAUCCCGACGAGCGACUUGGACGUGGCGUGGGUCUCGUCGCUGAGCUGGUACUUUUUGAACCUGUACGGCCUCGAUGCGAUCUACCGCCUCCUCCUCGGCAACAACAACGCCGCGGACUCGUCGCGCGACAUGGCAGCUAUGGGCGGCGCAGCGGUCAUGAUGAACGAGGGCAUGCCGGGCCAGGUCGUCGACCACGCCAAGCUGCACCUCGCCGAGCGCGACUCGCUGCAGCUCAUCGGCGCAGGCCAAAAGACCGACGGCGUGCGCUGGGUCGGCGACAAGAUCGAGGCGCGCGUCCUCGCGCUGUACACAUAG